UUCAUAUUUCAUUCCCUGUCCAAACAAUCCUGAAUUCGUAUAUCCCAAUUUUCUAUCAACAUGUUCAAACGGUUAAUCUGUGGAAAUUUUCAUCAUCAUCUCAAAGACAAUGAUAUUGAUGAAACUAAUUUGUUGAGUCCUUCCUCAACUACCAAAAACACCAAGAGGAAGUUCUUGUCAAGAACCAGAAAAAAGAGAAACCCAUAUGCAAACAGGGGCCUUGAUAAGUUUUCUGCACUUUUGGCUGAUCUGGAGGAAAAGAAACAAAAGAUUUACACCCAAAUGGGCUUGGACAGUGAUGAUAUCUCUUUGGUUCGUUUUGUUUUUUCUAAUUCCAAUGAAUGCAAGACCAUUGUAAUUGUCAAGAAAAGACAAACCACAAAUGAUACUCAAAAGACACUGAACAAUUCAAAGGAAAUAGCAAAUGAAGAUCAAGAACCUAAAGCAGAAUCCAAGAGAACGUUGCCUCAAUAUAAUUACUUGCUAAUGACAAUGAUAUUGAUAUUGAUUUUAUUAGCUAUUUAUGGAAGGUCUUUUGCAAUAUUGUGUACUUCAAUUGGAUGGUACUUAGUUCCCUCCUUUAGAGGGAUCUCAAGCUCAAAGCACAAUUUUAAGACCAAAAAGGAAGGAGGAAUGUGAACGCGAAAACUUUUA